CCCGAGGUCAAAAUGGCUGGUGUCGCUACCUACACAAUUGCUGGUCGACAGAUCGGCGGCCACUACCUUGCCAUGGGCUGGUUGGCUACCCUCUUCGGCGGUGCCUAUUAUGCUGCUUCCGGCCCCAAGAAGCCUGCGAAUGCUGUUGCUACUCCCCCGAUCAACGCUUCCAGCUCUGACGAGGCCGACUUCAUCAAGAAAUUCCUUGAGGAGCAGGACAAGAAGCACUAAAUGGCGAAACUCGAAAAUGACCAGCAUGGAGGGGGAUAGUGUAUUGUUGUCUUGUACAUAAUAGAUGCCCAGAGAGCGAAUGUGUCUCGAGAUAGAAAAAACGAUGCGAUUUACUCUCCCCGACACGGCCAGUGCACUUGUUUGAUCGCACCCACGUUUGACGGCUUGAAUACGUAUCCUUUGCAUAGUCUGUGUUGAGAUGCGGUAUAUUAUGCUGAUGGGCAAGGCGAUGCUACGACUGUUAGUCUAGCGGAGUCGGGUAACGCCUCUGCCAUCUCCAUUGUCUUGAACUUUGAUGUCUUUGAGGUGAAUUUUGCGUAUCUGGUUUUCUGAAAUUGAGCAUAUUGAGUCCCUGCGGUGAGUGCACAUGGACUGGGUAGGUAUGCCGUUAAGGAAAUGUCGUUGCAGUUCAGUGCUUUGGCUCUAUGGUGCUGCUGAGUGCGAAGGCAAUGCAACCAUGGUAUGCAAUUUGUGAAAUGAUGAUUACAACGAAUUGGCA